AUGGGGUCCAAACAGGAGCCUGGACGAAGAGGCGGUCCCUUCGCUAAGGAGGAGGUGAAAAGGAGCUGCCCUUCUUGUGGCCUGGAGACAGGGAGUGACAAGAAGGAGAGGGGGAACCCUAUUUCUGUUCAGUUGUUCCCUCCAGAGUUGGUGGAACACAUUGUAUCAUUCCUCCCAGUGAGAGAUGUUGUUGCCCUAAGCCAGACCUGCCACUACUUCCAUGAAGUGUGUGAUGCCGAGGGCGUGUGGAGACGCAUCUGUCGCAGGCUCAGUCCACGCCUCCAUGACCAGAGUUCUGGCACCCGGCCCUGGAAGAGAGCAGCCAUUCUUAACUAUACAAAGGGCCUGUAUUUCCAGGCAUUUGGAGGCCGCCGCCGAUGUCUCAGCAAGAGUGUGGCCCCCAUGCUAGCCCACGGCUACCGCCGCUUCUUACCCACGAAGGAUCACGUGUUCAUUCUGGACUAUGUGGGGACCCUAUUCUUCCUCAAAAACGCCCUGGUCUCCUCCACCUUUGGCCAGAUCCAGUGGAGGCGGGCCUGCCGCUAUGUGGUGUUGUGUCGUGGAGCCAAGGAUUUUGCCUCCGACCCGAGAUGUGACACAGUUUAUCGUAAAUACCUCUAUGUGUUGGCUACUCGGGAGCAGCCAGCAGUGGUGGGCACCACCAGCAGCAGGGCCUGCGACUGUGUGGAGGUCUAUCUGCAGUCUAGUGGGCAACGGGUCUUCAAGAUGACAUUCCAUCACUCCAUGAGCUUCAAGCAGAUUGUGCUAGUUGGCCAGGAGACCCAGCGGGCUCUACUGCUCCUCACAGAGGAAGGAAAAAUCUACUCAUUGGUAGUGAAUGAGACCCAGUUGGACCAGCCACGCUCCUACACAGUGCAGUUGGCACUCAGGAAGAUGUCUCAAUGCCUACCUCACCUGCGUGUGACCUACAUGGCUUCCAACCAGAGCAGCAUUCUCUAUAUCACAGACCAGGGGGGAGUGUAUUUUGAGGUGCACACCCCAGGGGUGUAUCGUGAUCUCUUUGGGACCCUUCAAGCCUUUGACCCCCUGGACCACCAGAUGCCACUUGCUCUCUCGCUGCCUGCCAAGGUACUAGUCUGUGCUCUUGGCUAUAAUCACCUUGGCCUGGUGGAUGAGUUUGGCCGGACCUUUAUGCAGGGAAAUAACAGAUAUGGACAGCUUGGAACAGGGGACAAAAUGGAUCGAGGGGAGCCCACACAGGUACAUUAUCUGCAACGCCCCAUUGCUCUUUGGUGUGGCCUCAACCAUUCCCUGGUGCUGAGCCAGACCUCAGAUUUCAGCAAGGAGCUGCUGGGCUGUGGCUGUGGGGCCGGAGGCCGCCUCCCAGGCUGGCCUAAGGGGAGCGCCUCCUUCGUCAAGCUGCACAUCCAGGUCCCCUUGUGUGCCUGCUCCGUCUGCUCCACCCGAGAAUGCCUCUAUAUGUUAUCCAGCCACGACAUCGAGCACUCCCUUGCCUAUCGAGAUCUGCCAGCCAGCAGGGUAGGGGGAAGCCCCGAGCCCAGCCAGGGGGCUGGAGCCUCCCAGGACCCUGGAGGGACAGCCCAGGCCUGUGAGGAGUACCUCAGCCAGAUCCACAGCUGCCCCACACUGCAGGACCGCAUGGCAAAGAUGAAGGAGAUUGUGGGCUGGAUGCCCCUCAUGGCAGCUCAGAAGGAUUUCUUCUGGGAGGCCCUAGACAUGCUGCAGAGUGGCCCAGGCACCUCCACCCCUGAGAGCUGACCCCCUUCCUCCUAGCCUUCCUCCCAGAGGGAAUCUGGCUCUGGGCCAGGGGCUCAGGGGAGAUGGAAUGGCAAAGAACAUUGUAUGUGCACAGGGCCGUUGGUUGGGAUCAAGGGGGGCGGGGGAAGUGCUGGGCAUACAGGGUAGGGCAAUGGAACUCUUUUGUAAAAUGUUCUGGGGGUCUGCCCAGGAGGGGCCCCUAACCUAUCAUGGAUGAGAGAUUUGAUGGACAGAUAGAAUAAAAGGCUAAAGUGAGGCCUGAUUUAACACCCUGGGGCCUUGUAGGGGACAAGGGAUGGGGGGCAGUAGUACAAUGCGUGGCCUGGUGGGAGAGGGCAGGCAGAAACAUCAAUGUAAGUUCUUGGUUUGCCUAGAAAUGACAACAGCCCAGCUUGCCUUUCCCUUCCAAUUCCCAAGCCCUCACCCCAUCGUUUUGACUUGGAGCUUGGGCCUUGCCUUGUGGAUUAACUCAGUCGACCACACUGCUUAUUUUCCCAGCCAUUUUUGCUUCUUUUUUUAAAAGACAAAUUCUCACUGU